AUUUUUUAUUUUUGGGGAAAGGGGGGGGGAUUUGCUUUAAAGGUUUUCUAUAAUUUAAAGUCAUAAAAUGUAAGAAAUUUGGUUUGCCUGAAGCGCCUCGUCCAACGCAGCUCUCUUUGUUCACUGUCUACUAGUGUACAUGGGCUGUUGGAAGGCUCGCCCACUUGCCCCGCCCCAUCUGCAGUCUCAUUGGUCCUUGCCAAGCCUAUAAAUCCACUUUCUGUGGCGGUUGACGAGCUAAAGCGGAGCAAGCAAAUCCGAAGGAGAUGAGCACAUCACGCCAUCAUCUCUCACAUGCAGUUGAAGCCGGUAGUUACGGAAACGUGGGCCCCCAAUUCACGCCGUUGAUCAUAAUUACAGCGUUUUAUUUGCGUUAUUAUCAAGUGGACCGUCCGAAAACAUCAUCCUUAUCUCUCUGUGUGAUACGCAUACCGCUUCAGGAAACGUUUAGUUACUUAAAGAAUUACGUAUCUAGUCCGAUUUGAUAUGAAUUAGAAUCGUUUAUGACUAAGUGAAAAGGUUAAUUUUGUCGAAAUGGUGGCAGGUGAGUUUCUUCCAGAGCAGCAUGUUCUGCCUGACAGCACACCUGACGGUAGUGUCACGGAAGGAAAUAGAGACGAGGACAGCGGCUACAAGGAGCUUUCCAAUGGAUCGGUCCAUAUAACAUUGGAUCCAAAGGUGCUGGAACAGGAGCUUCCACCACCGGACGAAAAAGAGGCGAUGCUUCCCGCCGAGCAGAAUAACGAUGAGCUCGAGACGAGACUCUACUGGAGGCGGUUUGCCGUUCUGGCCGUGUUCAGCCUCUAUUCGCUAGUCAACGCCUUUCAGUGGAUCCAGUACAGCAUCAUUACGAACAUCUUCAUGGAGUAUUAUGAAGUAUCAAGCAUCAUGAUUGACUGGCUCUCUGUGGUCUAUAUGGUCGCUUAUGUGCCUUUAAUCUUCCCCGCGACGUGGCUGCUGGAUAAGAAGGGGCUGAGGAUGACGGCGUUGUUAGGGGCCGGGUUGAAUGCUUUGGGUGCGUGGGCGAAGUGCGCCAGCGUGGGGCCCAACCUGUUCUGGGUCACCAUGACCGCACAGAUCAUAUGCUCUGUGGCACAGGUGUUCAUCCUCGGUCUCCCCUCCAGAAUCGCGUCCGUUUGGUUCGGCCCGAAAGAAGUUUCCACGGCCUGUGCCACAGCGGUGUUGGGCAACCAGCUUGGUGUAGCCAUAGGUUUCCUGCUCCCACCUGUACUGGUUCCCAACACUGCAGACGACAAAGAUCUCAUGGGCCACAACAUCAGCAUAAUGUUCUAUGGAACAGCUGGAGUUUCAACUCUGCUCUUCCUGCUAACAAUAUUUGUUAUUAAGGACAGACCUCCACUCCCACCCAGCAAAGCCCAAGCUGUUCUCCCCACUGGUCCAGCUGAAGACUAUUCAUACAAAAAAUCAAUCAUUAACCUCUUUAGGAGCAAGCCCUUCAUUCUGCUCCUCAUCAGCUAUGGCAUCAUGACCGGAUCAUUCUACUCUGUAUCUACGCUUCUCAAUCAAAUGAUAAUUACUUACUAUCCGGGUGAAGAGCUAAACACAGGCAGAAUCGGCUUGACUUUGGUGGUGGCUGGAAUGCUCGGCUCAAUACUGUGUGGAGUCUGGUUGGAUCGUACUAAAACUUAUAAACUGACAACAUUGAUCGUCUAUGUGCUGUCCUUUAUUGGAAUGGUGGUGUUCACAUUCACGCUGAACUUGGGAUAUCUGCUUGUCAUCUUCUUUACUGCUGGGGUCCUAGGGUUUUUUAUGACUGGUUACCUUCCCAUUGGCUUUGAAUUUGGUGUUGAAAUCACAUACCCUGAGUCAGAGGGCACGUCAUCUGGUCUUCUGAAUGCUUUUGCACAGGUGUUCGGCAUCAUUUUUACUCUCAUACAAGGGCAACUGACCACAGACUACGGCCCACUCAGCGGAAACAUUUUCUUGUGUGCUUGGAUCCUCCUUGGCAUUAUUCUAACAGCUCUGAUUAAAUCAGACCUCAAAAGACAUGGUGUCAAUAUGGGCAAUUCAGACAAAGGACAAGCAGUUCCCACUGAGCUGCCUUCUGAAAAAGUGUCCAGUGACGUCAAGCUAGAGUCGAGCUUACCUUGUGAGACUGCGAUUUAAGUUUUAAACGUUUCCAACAGCACAUCAACAAUCACAAGAGAUUACAGACUCUCCUGAGAUGACUUGAAAUCUCCUUAUUAUGCUGUAAUGUAGUGUAAUGUAAUGAUGUUCUAGCACAAUUUUCUGUGAAAAUGGUAGGGCUGCCCCCUAAUAGUCGACUAACCGUUAGUCGACUAGAAGAGCCUUAGUCGACCAAAAUUUUAUUAGUCGGUUAGUCACGGGAAAAAAAAAAACGUCCACAGAAAGUGGCGAAAUCACGCAGCCCGUGAGGGACAAAUCGUUAACGGCGGGUCCUUGUGGUAAUUACAGUAUGUCGGGCAGGAAAUCCAAAUAUUUGCCUAUCACCCAUCGACCUCAAAUAUGGCUUAUCAUUUGAAACAUACAAGUAGUAGCAACUUUACAUGGCCGCUCGCUCUAACAUUAACCUAGAUAAAUGUGCGCCAGAGUCCUGCAUGGGUCCUGUUUGAUAAACCCGCACCCACCCUGCACCCGCAGUUAUUAACAGCACACCCGACCCAAUAUCCGACAAAAACAAUAAUUUUAGCCCGUACCUGACCCGACCCGUUUGACAUAAAAUCCGCGACCCGCACCCGCAUUAAAUCUCCUAGGCUACAUCAGGUAGACAAAAAUAAUUUUCUCAUGUAGCCUAACACAAGCAAUAAAACCAACAUUAGGCAUUCUAUGUCGCUGCAUUUAAUUAAACAUUGCGUUAAACAACACAAGUAAAAAUAAUAGAACAAAGAAUGUUUUAGUUGGCCUAUUUUUAACUGUAAGCGUACAGCUAGUUAAAUAUUUUUAUCAGAUUCACUCGGCAUUUAAACGCGGUUGUCUCUUCUGAAACUGAGCAUUGUUUACCUGUCCUCUGGUCCUCUUUGUAGCAGCGUGAAAAAUAUUCUAAAACUUUUAUUCAAAUUGUGAAUAGCCUAUAUUAAAUACACAAAGCGAGCAAAGCGCGCUUCUUUUAAUAUAAAUCACUAUAGCUUUCAAUCAGAUGCUGCGCGAUUGGCUACAAUGCUCAGCGCUGCAAAUCGUGCUGUAACCCUUUAACGGUCUUCAGACAGAGCGUGAACACAAAUAAGCACUGGACCAUUUGAAAGCAGCUGUCAAAUGCACAGAAUUGAGUUGGAAUAGUCUUGGAUAUUGGACCCGCAGUCCACCCGUGCCUACCACGCGUCCGACCUGCACUCGCACCCGCACCCGACACGUAAAUAUUAUUCCACCCAUUACAUUAAAUUUGGCGGGUCACCCGUACCCGCCCGCAUGCAGGACUCUGAUGUGCGCCAUUUGUGCGGAGUGAGUGCACUUUACUGUACGACAUGGAGGCGCCAGCGCAAUCACUUGCAUUUUUUCCUGCGGAAACAACUUAAAAUAUUCCGUAAUUUUUGGUCCUACAGAUAAGAGUACGUCAUACAUAAUACAUCACGUAUUAUACGUAAUACAUCAUUCGAAACUGUAAGGGGUCUACUUUUAUUUGUGGAAACUCACAAUAACAAGAAAACGUUGUGCUUUUGUAAAAUAAAGAAAACAAACAGGAUGCGCUUUCUGCCUUCUCUGUCUUCCUGAACUGGAGCGCGUCAUAAAAAUGAACUGAAACUCAGAGCAUAUAGGCUACUUGUCUCAUAGACAUGAGAAAUAUAUCUAUGGAAAGUGUGAAAUGUCUAAUAACUAAUUCGAAUGGAAAAGAAAUACUCUAUGCUUAUGUAAUCCGUAUGAAUGGUGCAUUUCUCUCUAUAGGCGCGUUCACUAUACUGCGGAGACAAGAGUCAGCAGUUUCAUCUUUGCGGCCGACACUGACUCAAAAAACAUUAGUUUAUUAUAGAUUAAUUAUAAUGUCUCCUUACUAUUUUUUCCGGCACAUUCAUAAUCAUUACUUUUGCUGUUGUUGCGGCAAACUUUAUGCCUGCGCUUGAGUGCAAAAUAGGGUAUAUAUCAAUCCCCCUCCCCCCCAGGAUAUAUUUAAGUAAUUAAAUUAAUAUAAAUGCGCGAUUAAUAGACUAAUGGCUUAAAUGAACGACGAUUAGUCGAUUUGAAAAAUCUUUAGUCGGGGGCAGCCCUAGAAAACGGACAGUGAUAAUUGUUCGCAAAUAUACUGUGAAUUAAAUUCUCCUAAUCUAGGCUGAUUGUAUACACAAUCUGUCUCUCAUAUACAUGCAUGAUACUUUUUAUUUGUUUCAAGAACUAUGGACCAAAUAGUAGUUAUUUUACAGGGCUCGUAAGGCCCAUAUGCACAAUCCUGUUAGUGUGAUUGGAACAGCAUGUUUGUUUGCUUCGUCUCAAAGCACCUUUCUCACUGUGCGCUGCUUGUUCGUUUCUAAAGUCUGCUGUUGCAUUGCAGAACAUCUACAUGUAAUAAUUCCACAAAGGCCAUAAAUUCCCAUUUUAUUUAUUCAGGAUGAUGAAGAAUUCCCAUGCUUUCAAUGAAGAGUGUUCUGUAAACUAAAAAGACAGUAUGCAAAUUGUUGUGCAUAGGUAAGUGCUUUAACAAAUUCACCUACAAUUAUGAGACUGACAUUAUUUCAAGUGCUUAUGCAGUCAUUGCAAGAUAAAAUCAAAUGUUGUGUAAGUGCUUUUUUUUUGACCUGUGUAACACAUACAGUACUAGGAGAAGGCUUGUUUAGUCUUUUCCAGAGAGCACAAAUCAAACGUUCAGCAUUUGUAUAACGUUAAGAAUGUGUUUAGUUUAAAAAGGAAUGUGAUCUAUUUACAAGGGUGUGUUGCUGACAGGCCUAGUGAGGUUUUAUGAAAAUGUCAUGCCUCAAAAGUGAGGUAGAAAGAGCAUUAUUAUUUUAAUAUUUUAUAAGCCUAGGUUUACUUUCUUUUAGUAGCUAAUUUUUGCACUUUUGAUGCAUAUUUAUUGGAAAGAUGGCUUUUUCAGGAUUGUUUUUGUAUUUAUUCAUUUCUGCUUUGAAUUUCUACUGUUUCUACUUGGUAUACUUGUCGUUUAAUGAAGGCAGCUGUGCAAACUGAGGUUUCACAUGAUUGUCACAAAUGAUGCUGGGAAAUUCACUGUAAAGUAAAAAACUCAUUUGCAUUACACUGAACAUUGGAGGAGUGGAAAUGGCUCAUGUUUCCAUCACUGCUGUUGUAAAGUAAAAAUGAUAUUGCCAAAAUUAAAAUA